GUUCACAAACACGUCCGCUGACACGCACCAGACAGGCCACUCACUCCACGUCUCGGGUCUUAAGGCUGAACCGGGGAACUUUCAUUCGAGGACCGCCUGAAGACGACGAGCGGCACCUGCGCAGGACGGCGCGAUCACAAGUGCUUGGCAUUCUGAGCGCAGACCAUGGAAGCCACCAGAUCAGGACCGUCGGAUUGCACUGGUGCAGAGAUGGCCGGGAGGGUCCUGCUCCUGCUCCUGAUAACGGCUUUGGGGGUUUUCUUCUGCCGGAAGGUGCACCUGAAGGUUCGGCUCCUGUGCCUUUCGAGACUCGCCAAGGGCACCUCAGAAAAGCCCCAGUUGAUCUGUAAACCGUCGGCCCUGGCCAGCUACCUGCUGCUGCACUGUGCCUCCCUAGGAGAGCCGAGCACCCCGAAGUGGCCUUGGGGAGACCCUCACAUGCAGACCCUCGCCAGCCUGGCAUGGCCCCUCGGACAAGCUGAAAGGAUCGAUUUUGCUCGUGAUCAUAUCCAGAUGAAGGAUGGCGGAGUUGUGGCACUGGACUGGGCGGUUGGCAUUACGGGCGUUCGCGAACGGAACUGGAAAGCGGCACCCCCCUUCUCCUCACCCCCGGUGAUGCUCAUCAUUCCCAACUCCUGGGGUCAGGUCACGGGCUACGUCCUGGGGCUGUGCAGGCUGGCCCUCGAACAAGGCUUUUAUCCGGUGCUCUUCCAAAGAAGAGGCCAAAGCGGCUGCCCCCUGGUCACGCUUAAGUUUCAGCAGUUUGGAGACCCCUCGGACCUGAUCGAAGCGGUCUCGUACAUCCGCUACCGCUACCCUGGGGCCGCCCUGGUGGCCGUGAGUGAGGGCUCUGGCUCCGGGCUGCUGCUCUCCUACUUGGGCGAGUGCGGCUCGUCCUCCUACUUGACGUGCGCCGCCUGCGUCUCGCCGGUGUUCCGAGGGCAGCAGUGGUUCGAGUCGCGGCUGCAUUGGCUCUACCGGUGGGUUCUGCUUUUCUGCCACAAACUCCCGGUCAGCAGGUAUGCCACAGCACUCAGUCAAGUUCUGGAUGUUAAUCGUCUGCUAAGUUGCUCUUCCCUUCAGCAGUUUGAAGAAAUCCUGUUCUGUGGUCACAGCUCAGAAAAUUUGCCGAAGCUAAACUGGGAGAGUUACUGGGAGAAAAACGAGCCGCUUCGAGAUGCAGACGAGGUGGCUGUGCCAGUGUUGUGUCUGUGCAGCUGGGACGAUCCCAUCAGAGGCGAUCCUGCACAGUCAGUGCCCUUUGAGUUGUUCGAGAGCAGUCCUUACUUCUUCUUGGUGCUGACACGCAUGGGUGGACACUGUGGAUUUUUGCCAGAUAGCAAUGGGUCAGUGCAAUGCUGGAGCCAAGCGGUGCUUUUGGAAUAUUUCCGCGGAGUGGCUGAAUUCUUGAGAAUGGAGGAGAGACAGCCACUGAGCUCUGGGUCCCCUCGAAGGAGGACAGCCACCUUGUUGCCACGCCGUCGCAGAGGCACAGUGCAGCAAAGAGACCCUCCUCCUCGUCGGGCACUGCCAGUAUCCUUCAGCUCAGAGGAUCUGUUCAGCUGGCAGAGGUCAUACACACGCUGAGUACGUCAGCAAGCUGCACCUUUCAUAUGAACUUGGAUGUGGACGUAGUUCCUUCUUGUUAAACCUCUGGCACUGAGCAAAAACACGAGCUUCGAAUGGCCGGUGAUGUGGCAGCAGAGAUGCAGUGCUGGAGGGUACAGCUUCCUGGAGGUGUAUUUAAAUAUCACGAUGGAAAGGGUUAGUCACUCUGCGCCUUAAGGACUAGCACUGGUCCACAAGCUUCCUGCUGGCAUGCAGGGCUCCUAUGCCACUGAACCCUGAAUGACCUGCUAACCUGUGAGGUCACGUCUAUGCGGACGGAGAGUCAAACAGCAACAAAGUGCACCCCCUGAAGGAGCUGUUCUCAUGGUGAAGGGGCAGUAAUGCAUACUUUGAUAAAAUUACACUCUUUGCAUUUGAAAGAAACUGCCAAAGCCAAAAGUACUAAUUAAUAUAGGUAAAAAAAAGUCAUAGAUUCACUUUGAAUUCUUAAUAUUAAACACUGACUACAGAUUGUUAUCUCACCCCCUGUUGAGCCCCUAGUCCUGCUCAUCAGCAUAGUCAUCACCCAAGGCAGGUGGUCCAUCCACCUCCAAAGUGAAGGCCGAGCAGCCAAUGCUAACCUCAGCUCUAAUCGAGCGUUCUGGCACUGAAAUGAAACAAAGGACAUGAGCUGUCAGUGGAAGACGUUCAGCAUUAAAUGGAGAGCACUUACUGUAAAUAAGAACAGCAGCAUUUCUAUUAUAUAGCCCAGCACCCAUUUAAGGGAACAAAAGUAACUGGACACUUUAACAUUAUCUUAAAGGGCCCAUUUAACACUUAUGUUAGAAAUCCUUUGCAGUCAGUCAGGGCUGGUGUGAUAAAUAAUGCCACCCCCCAGGUCUAUACUAGGCCUGAAUCAACACACGUAAUCCACAAACUGAACGUGGCUGUCACUCAUCCUGCAUGUCCUCUCUGUGAAACCACCUGCCCCUUCUUGAUGACGCACACAUUGCCAACUUAUCACACUGACAUUGGGAUGAGCGCCUUAAUAACAUUCCUUUAAUGAACAAAAUGGCCAUCAAUUUAUAUGCAGUAUGAUUUGUAUAAAAGAGUACAAGUACCAGGCACUGACCUGUCGCAUUUAUAUACACAAGUACCAUUCUGACGCUCAGACACAGACAGCACAGUAAAAUGGUACAAACUGCAGAUCCGAGAUAUUUGAAACUUUAAAAAAACAUUUCUUACAAAUAUCUAAAGGCAGUACAUAAAAAUGUUAUUUGAGAUAUACAUCACUCUUCCAGCAGGUAUACUCUGAAGGUAUUUUUAAGAGGACAGAUUAUUUCAUAUUUUUCUCACAUAACCUGGAAAACAAGAAGGCAUUUAAAUUAAUCGGUGAAAUUACCAGAACAGAUUGAGAAUACGCCAGGUCUCCAAAUGAGACAUGUAUGUCACUUACACUUCACACUUAACUCUCAUUUUGUAUAUUAUCUAAAACUUGUAUGAAACGGCUGACUUACCUGCUCACCUCAUUGCCUCACCCCUCAUGCCAGUACUGCAGCCAGCACCGGGUUUCCUCCCUAGUGAUGUUCUGCCAGGCCUGGACUUUCGCCAUUUACUGUCCCCACUUAUUUUGGGGGCUUGUUGCUGUCUUCAGCUAGUGAAAUGCCUGUCCAGUUAGAUUUAGGUCCGGAACUGACUCCGCCAUUCAAAGACAUUCCAUUUUGUGGCCCUGAAAUCUUUUAAAUACAUUCUGACUUAUCAAAGGGAACUCCUGUGCACUUAAGUCACCAGGGGCCUCAUAUAUAAACGGUGUGUACACACAAAAAUGUUGCGUAAGCCCGUUUCCACACUCAAAUUGCAAUGUAUAAAUCCUAAACUUGGUGUAAAGCCACGCGCAUUUCCACGGUAGCUCAUACCCUGGCGUACGCAAGUUCUCCGCUCGGUUUUACAGACUGGCAGCACCCAGCGUCAAAGCAGUGCUACUGUUCCUGUGUGGUUACCCUUUCUUUUUUAAAUCCACAUCCCUGACGCAGCUUUAUAAAUACACUACUAUUAACCGCAUAUUAUUAGUUUAAUGCAUCUGAUUGUAAUUAACCUGUAACAAUAUAAUGGUCCUCUCCCCGUGUCUGCGUGGGUUUCUUCCGGGCGCUCCGGUUUCCUCCCACAGUCCAAAGACAUGCAGGUUAGGUGGGUUGGCGAUCUUAAAUUGGCCCUUGUGUGUGCUUGGUGUGUGGGUGUGUAUGUGUGUGUCCUGCGGUGGGUUGGCACCCUGCCCGGGAUUGGUUCCUGCCUUGUGCCGUGUUGGCUGGGAUUGGCUCCAGCAGACCCCCGUGACCCUGUGUUCGGAUUCAGCGGGUUGGAAAAUGGAUGGAAUAUAAUGGUCCACAGAAUGGCCAAACUUUUCUAAAUACCAUAAUGUAGCUGCUUUAGCGUUGUUACUCUCACUGCACCUUCUUCUUCUUUCAGCUGCUCCCAUUAGGCGUUUCCACAGCGGAUCAUCUUUUCCUGUAUUACACUCACUGCACUACUUGGGGUAUUUAUAUCACUGUAUUUGAGUGUGAAUCACAGCAGCUGAUCGGAAAGAGAAUUAUCGGUAUACAGCAUCAAGCACACACUGCCUCAGCCAUGCUGUCUAUUUGAACUGCUCUCACACGGCAAAUGCUUCAGAGCCUUUCCUCGCAGUUCAUAAAGUUUCAUCCCAAGAACUAUAAACACACUCAAUUAGUCCAUCAAGUGCUCUUUGUAGAACUGUUUGUACUUAUAAGUACAAUCACCUCACUGUAAACUUGAGAUAGUUAUAAUAUUGCACAACCUGAGCCACUUUAUAAAGCAUGUAUUUACAUAUGACGACAAUAUCAUUUCUAAGACGAAAUGCAGCAAAAUGUUUAUUAUAUUAUACAGAUAAAAAGGUUAACUUCAUUUAAAUAAUUUAUAUUGUUAAUAAUUAAACAUGUGAGGACACGGUGCCACAGCGUUAGCAAGGAGCUGGCGCUCCAUUCAAGGAUUGUUCCUGCCUCGCUGUGUAUUCUUGCUGGGGCUGGAAGGAUAGAUGGAUAGAAUAAUGAAACACAUACUACGAAGAUAUUUCAAUGUUCCUUAAAAGUUCUGAAGAAUCGGCGUUCUAAGCUUACAGAUGACUUAACGUCCAUUACAGAGCUGAUUGUGUGGCAAUUGGGUAUUUGGAGAAAGAAAAGUAAGGACAGGAAUUGGAGGUUAGUUGGUUUGAAAGAGACAGUACUGCUACAAUAAAGUAUUUCAUCGAAGGUCGCGCAUCACGUAGCAAGCAUCUUGCGUGAGGCAGGAACAAUCUGUGGACGGGGCGCCAGCUUGUCAUUAUCACUGCGCCACCGUGUUCCCAUGUUUAAUAACAUGCUUUAACUCCUAUCAUCAUGAAAAUUACAUCACGUAUACAUCUCAGUAUUUUAAUUAUUCAGAGUGCUGUAAUAUCAUGAAUGUAAUGGAUUCGGUGUCCUGUCGGAUGAAGAGAAAGCCCGGAAGCACGUAGUGAUUCACAAACACAGAGCACAUAGAAGAUCAAAUACAAAACCAAGCAUUUAACGUGCUACUUUAGUUACAAUGGGAUUUGAGAAACUAGUACAUUAAGCGAUUUUAAGAUGAAGUUUGAUGAUCUACUUAAAUGACAAAAUAAACUACAUGAUUAAAGUGGAAAUUUCGAGAUUAAAGUUGACAUUUCGUGCUUUUUUCCCCCACUGUGUGCCUAUUUUUUUUCUCUGUACCCUAAUAAGCUUUCAUAUGACACUCAGAUGGUGGGCUACGACUCGCCUUUUCAUGGCGACUUUGAUAUGCGAUUUCUUUUUUAUUUCAGGCACUGUGCGACUUUGUGAACUUGAGCUUUCUAGUUACUCCGACACUCUGUCACUCGAUCAACUUCCUUUUGUUGUUUAUACCACUGUUUAAACCAACAAAUAGUACGUUCUUCUUUGCCUCCACUUGGUAUCCACUGAAAUUCUUUUACUUCCCCCUGUGCUUUUGCCAUUGUCUUUUCACAGAACGCUAAGCUUAAGGGCUAUUUAUGUUGAUUUGCAUAUUCAAUGAGGCAUAAUUCUGGGAGGAAUUUGGGGAGUGCCAGCAGGCGCGUGCACAUGUGUUACCUUUCACGUUGACCGGGAUUUAUGGAGCGGAAGAAUGUGGAAGUUGGCGAAUGCACAGGUUUAUGCAUCUGGAUUUUUUUGUGCGUACGCACAUUUCCACUUUUGUCCUUAUGCCAUGUUAGUGUGAAUUCUACGCAUGAAUGUCUGUACAUCCGGUACUGUUAUUGGUAUCUCUGAUCACAAGCUGAUUGAAUUUAGCUUCACUUAUCCCCUCCCUAAAAUCUAAAUCUAAAAUAACCUAUUGUAAUAUCAAGAACAUCGAUCAGUUAUCCUUCUCUAUGUCUGUUGGUGCUUCCUGGCUCCAUGAUAUUUCUGGGUUGUCUUGCCCUAUGCAGAUUUUAUCUCUAUAUAAUUCCACAUUAUCACAAAUUUUGGAUCAAUAUGCACCUAUUAAAUCCUUGGCUGUUCCUACUAUCUGGUCAUCUCCAUGGUUUCUCCGCUUGGAAAGACUCUGGAAGAAGACUGGUCUGGCUGUUCACACCCCGGCUUACACCAAACACCUGAGAGAAUAGUUGUGCCUUAUCGGCGGCACAUUCAAAGUACUAUUCCACUCUUAUUGACUUUGGUACUUGUCGCCCUUUUUAAUACAGUUAACAGACUUUGUCAACCUGCUGUUAAAAAUCCUUAUUUCUCUGUUGAGCACUGUAAUCUAUUUUUGGACUAUUUUCAGUCAAAAAUUAUGACCAUAUAUCAAAGUUUCUCUACUAACCAUUCCUCAUCUCUGGCGACUGAUUAUACUUCUAAAUCUACAGUUUAUUUAAAUUUAACCCCAUUACACCAACUUAUAUUGCUGAAGAAAUAUCUAAAUUAAAUCAAUCUACCAGCCACCUAGAUCCUGCCCCUACUUUACUGAUUAAGGUUUGCACUGACAAACUUUCUGCCCCCAUUUCUCACUUUAUCAACUGUAGUUUCCGCACCUGUGUUGUUCCAAGUGAUUUAAAAACUGCUGCUGUAACCCGUUUUAAAAAAACCUGUCUCCGAUACCUUACAGCUCAAAUUUUAUCACCCAAUUUCUACUCUUCCAGAUCUUAGAAAAGGUUGUUGCUGCUCAACUCCAUGAUUAUUUAAAUUUGCAUAACCUGCUUGAGCCUUUUCAAUCAGGAUUCAGAGCCCUACAUAGCACUGAAACUGCUUUACUUAAGGUAGCCAAUGACUUACUUAUAACCGCAGAUUCUGGGAUGGCCGCUAUUCUAGUUCUUCUUGAUUUGAGUGCAGCAUUUGAUGCAGUUAACCAUAACAUUUUACCAUCCCGACUUUCAGCUAUUGCAUCUCUGGUGCUGCUCUUUCUUGGUUCACAUCAUACCUCCGUGAUCGCCAGUAUUACGUCUUCAUUAGGGAAUAUAAAUCUGCCACUACUUCAUUCACACAAGGUAUCCCUCAAGGGUCAGUUCUCAGUCCAAUUCUCUUUAACAUCUAUAUGCUCCCAUUAGGUGAGAUUAUUCAUCGGUAUGGUUUGAGCUUCCACUGCUAUGCCGAUGACACACAACUUUAUGUAAGUGUUGAUGCAACUGCAACAUCUUUACCUGUUGUGCUGACUGACUGCAUUUGGGAAAUCAAUCCUUGGAUGACAUAAUUUUUUACAACUCAAUCCUGAUAAAACAGAAAUCUUGUUAGUUUGUACCAAAUCUGUCCUCUCUACCCUUCGUGGGCUAAAAAUUGACAUGGAUGGGAUCCUGGUUCAACCCUCAGCAUCAGUCUGUAACUUGGGUGUCAUCUUCGAUCAGCUUCUUACUUUUCAGUCACACAUUAGCUCAGUAGUACAGACAGCCUUUUUUUCAUCUUCGCAACAUUACUCAUCUGCAUUCUUUCCUCAGUGUGAAAGAUACUGAAACACUCAUUCACGCUUUCAUCACUACCCGUCUGGACUAUUGCAAUGCUUUGUUUUAUGGCCUCCCGACUAAAUCUAUCAAUAGAUUACAAUAUGUUCAGAAUUCUGCUGCUUGUUUACUUACACACACUAAAAAUCUGCUCACAUCACUCCUGUUCUCUAUGAUUUACAUUAGUUACCAGUUUCUUCAAGAAUCAAAUACAAAAUUAUCCUUCUCACCUUUAAAGCCCUUCAUGGUUUAGCUCCUCAUUAUCUGUCUGAGCUGCUGCUUCCUUACACUCCUGCCUGUGCAUUACGAUCAUUGGACGCUAAGUUACUCACUGUACCUAAAUACAGGUUAGUAACUAUGGAUGGCAGAGCUUUCAGAGAUGUGGCACUCAUGUAAAUGAGCUGUCCAAAUGCACAGGAAGUCUCUGACAUAAGCAAGACAAGCACAUAUGAAACAUCUUUUAAUGGAACAUUUGAUAUCUGAAUCAGAUAUUCAGUUAUUUUGAAAUAACGUCCUUUUAAAAAUAUGUUAAAAUAUAUUUCAUAUACUGUAUCUAUGUAUUGUCAUGUAUCCUAAACAUGAGUCAAUGUCUGUUAAGCACUUCAGGAUAUCUUAAAAUACCUUCCUUUGCAAUUGCGGAUCUCUUAAAAUAAUUUUAAGGUAUUUUAAAAUGACAGGAAUACAUAUUGAAAAUGAGAAUUUUUUAAAUUUCAUGAAUUACACUUUAGAUAUCUGGAAAUGCAUAUGAACUCUUUUAAGCAUAUCUCAAAAUGUACUCCAAACACCCGAGAGUGACAUUUGAACUGCACUGAGACGCCUCUAAAUGCUCAUUUGUUUCGCUAUGCACUGCCUCCGUUCUCUGCCCAUCGCACUCCCCCCAUUUAGAAUCAGUGACACACAAUAGCCGCUGAUUCCAAGUAGGGUCGGUGGAAGCUGGAGCCUAACCCAGCAAGCAGCAAGCACAAUCCCUAGGCGAUGCAGCAUUACAGGGUGAGCAAGGAAUUAAAAGGAGAUGGUUUCUACAGAAUGCCACAACACUAUCUUCCCAUUUAAAAGAAUUUUCUCUUUGUAGACAGCUGUACAAAGCUCCACUGGACCCCUGAAAUGUUUUUCCACUUCAUUCUCUAUACCUGAUUCCACACAGUUUACAGUACUGACCUACCUGAUCUCAUGGUUUGGGUAUAAGCCAGUCACGUGACAUCUUCAAACCCAAUAAAUCCAGGUCUGGGCUCCAGAGAGGUUGGAGCCAAUCCUAGCAGCAAGCAGGGCAUGAAACAGCUGUGGAUAUGGAGCUACUCCAUCAGUGUCCUUGUGAUGCUUUCAUGUAUGCAGACAUCACCAUUUGUUUUUCUAGUUUUCAAGGAUGUCCAUUCUUGUUCUUAUAUAUAAAACAACUAUCCUGUCAGAUUAAACAAAAUCUAAGAUGUGCAAUAGAUGUAAAAGUACAGUACAAACUGAAAACAAGACAGAUCACAUUUUUUUACUAAAAUUACUUUAUUACAGCUGAUUUUUUUUUUGUCCAAUAUCCCUUCGUAAAUGAUACAAAGGAUAAUUACAAACAAAAUAUUACAUAUGACCCUAAAGGUUUUUUUUUUUUCAUCCUGACACUCAGUUACAUCUUCACAAUCUAUACAAUUAAUACAUGUUAUAUAUGGAUUGCAAUGUGUUUUAAACCAGGAGAAUCUCAGAAUACUGACAUAUGUACUAUAUAGAGACAAUUCUUGGAUCAGCUGGAGAUUUCACUGGGUGGGGUGGUGGUUGUUGAUGCAGAUAGCAAAAAAGGGGUCUCUUGGCCAUUCAGAAAUUCAAGUGCUAAGCAUCAUAAGGAGAAAGCCGAUAUUCGACAUUGGCUCUUUGAAUCACCACAUUCUCACAGUCAAACAACAGUGGUUAAAAAACGUGGCAUUGUUCUAUUAAAAAAAAAAAUCUGUACUUUAACCUAUCAUGGCACUAAGUAUUUACGAUAAGAGCAGCAGGUGUGCCAGGCAGUGAAAGCUCAAGGAUGGAAGCAUGCCAAUAAAUAUACAUCUGCUGCUGCACCCAAAGCCAUACAGGUCCAGGAGUACGUGGAGAGAAGUGGCAUGUGCAAAAUGAUAAUAAAAAGAAAAUACUUAGGACCUGGCCACCAAACUUGUCACUAUUUACAAAUAAAGUAUCAAAUGGCAUAAAACAAAAAGCAACCACUAAGACCUUUACUUGCUUUAUAUCAUUUAACAGGCAAAAUGCCAAAAUGUAUAACUAGCACAUUUAUCUUGAUGUAUUUCAUAUGUAGGUGUUCAUUCCCCAAGAGACUGGAUGUAUUGUCCAUUAUAGUGAAAACUGCCAGGUUCAGAACUGACAACUGUUCUAGCCAAUAAGGUUAGUAAGAUAAGCUAAGAUUAAAAAUAAAUAACCGGUCCUCUGAGGGUAGCAAGCAGGUAUUAAUCACCACCCUGAAAAAAUGCACAUAUUUUACUCAUCUUUAAGG